AUGGAUACAAGCUGCAACACAUCCUCCUCUCGUCUCAAACCAGGUGACUUUCCUCCACCAAUAACUAUUCCCCCUCUAUCACUCCCUCACAAACUCACCAUCAUCAUCCUCCAUGGCCGUGGCUUCAACGCCGAGAAAUUCCACUCUCCUCUUCUCACGUCUCCCUCUACCAAUCCACAAAUAUCAUUCAAGGAAUCACUUCCUCAUGCUCGUUUCGUCUUUCCAACGGCACCUCUCGCCCGAGCAACCAAGUACCGCCGCUCACUGAUCCAUCAAUGGUAUGAAGGCACUGGUGACUGGGAGCCCGAGGCGCGUGGAGAUAUGCGUCCCAGCGUUGAACAUAUUCACGAGAUCCUGAGAGAUGAGAUUGGAAUUUUGGGUGGUGAUGCUGGAAAGGUGGUACUCGUGGGUUUUAGUCAGGGCGGUGCUAUGGCGUUGGUGAGUUGGUUACUUUGGCAAGGACAAAGUUUAGGAGCGGUGGUUAUAAUGAGCGGAUUCAUGCCUCUGGCUGAGACAUUGGCUAAAGAAGAAAGCGAACAUUUAUCUGAUGAUGGGUUGUUUGAAAGAGAUGACGCCGAGGAAAACAAAACACCACUGCAGCGGGCUAUCGACGAGCUUCGUCAAGAAGCAGAGCUUGACCCUGAGCCACCAGCGGAUUCAUUUCCUUUCUUAAAGACCCCUGUAUUCAUGGGCCAUGGUCAAAAAGACAAAGAUGUCGAGAUUUGCCAUGGUCAAAAAGCAGCCAUGUGUCUGGAGCGUAUGGGUAUAGAUGUUGAGUUGAAGAUAUACUCUGAGAUGGAACAUUGGUAUUGUCCUGAAGAACUGGGGGAUAUAACACAAUUUAUAUGUCAACGGCUAGAGAAGUAG